AUGCCCUCGACAAUCAGCCAAGAUCUGCUUUCCGCCUCAGCGGGAGGUGCAACUAACGGAGAUGACAAUCAGAAUUCCACCUCUUCCACUACUAAUGGUUGUGGAGGAGGUGUCAAUGGACCUCCUGAAUCCCUCGGCAAAUCACCAUCUGUCGUAGCCAUGGUCUCCGCCAACUCUCCCUCCGCUCUAGUUACCACACCUCUAAUGAAUUUCUACGAUGCUUCUGCGGCUAGCGGUGGUGGCAACACCUACGUUUCUCACUCCCAUGUUGGCAAUGCCUCAGCUCGUGUUGGAGGCAAAUCAACUAUUGGGGAUAAUGGUGAUAGUUCCACUCACACUCCUCGUCCCUUCUGGCGCUGCUCUUGGCAGUACUGGGUCAUCCUCAUCUGUGUCCUUGCCUUCCUCCUUGCUGUCAGCUUUGCCGUCUUCUUCUCGGGUCUCUUCGAUCCUCACAAUCCACCACGUAAAGUGGAGCCAAACACCCAAGUGAAGAUACAUUUGGAGCCAAUGGGUUUGUGGGCUGGUCAUUGGCACAUUCAAAGUGACCUCUGCACCAUCUACAACAUCACAUUGACCUCAGAACUCUCCUCGGUUGGAGUGUUUUUACGCUACAGUACGAUGCCCACUAUUGUGCAUUACAGUCAUUUUGAUCGUAUUCUCGGUCGUCAAUUGAAGGUGGAUGCUGUGAUGAAGAAGGAUACCACCGAUCUACCCAAAGAGGCCUUUCCUUCUGUCCCCUCUGCUAUUCAUGCCAAAUCGGUAAGACAAGAGGGCUCUUUGUGCAUUGACUAA